UCCUGUCCUCGAAGCUUGCCUGUCUCCAAUUUGCAACCCUAGCAGGAAAUAUUUUGCUACUUCAAAACAAUGUGUGCAGGUCUCGAAUGCAAGUCGAGUCGACUUAGAAUUGUGGCAGGCGUUUUCAUUCGGUCAUUUGUGCGGGAGUGGAUCCGUUCAGCGGGGCAAUCAAGAUAGGCUUUUGUUUUAAUUUGGAGAGAAUUUUGUUUGUAUGACGAUUCCCAGGCGAGGAGAUCCAGAGGAAGGGUACCACGAGCUUGCGCAGGAUGCCCGUUAUGAUCUGCCGCCGUACCCACAAUCAAGGCGGGGCAGGUGUUGCGCAUUUUCACCUUCAAUUGUUAUCGUAACUGUGAUAUUGGUGAUGUUGGUAGGGUCUAUUACCACGGCAGGAUUCGUAUUUUGGCCGACUCCGCUGGACGUGCAGGCGAAGGAAUGGAAGCUGAAUGGUAUCAGCAUCGUUACGAAGGAGACCAAGUCCAUUUUGCCAUCUUACCAGCUCAAUGUGAGUUUGAACGUGCUGGUCGAGAUCAAGAAUCCAAACUACGCGGGGGUGGUUUACGACAAUGUGACCUUGCGGAUUGUGUAUAGAGGAGAUGAUCUUGGGCAGGUGAAAGCGGAGGGUUCCAGGAUCAAGCCCAGAAGCACAGCAAACCUUACGGCGACGGUAAAUUUGAAAGGCAACGAAAUUCUCAGUGAUGCGAAGCAGUUGAUGGAGGAUUACUCGGAUGGGAAAUUGCCCUUGACGACGUACACGGCCUUCGACGGCUCCGUUCAACUCUGGUUUGUCAAACCGCUUCUUAAUGUAACUGUGGCUUGCGAUCUGGUUUUAAAUCCCGAAGACAAGAUCAUUUUGAGUCAAGAAUGUAGAACCUAGAGGUAGUGGUAGGGAAACUAUUUCGGAAAUUGGGAACCAGUUGAGUGUUUCUUCAUGAAUCCGAAACUAUAUUGCAGUUUAUCAGGAUUUUGAUCUGAACAGUCCAGAGUUCAGAUGUCUAGAAUUUAAUGCAGUUGCAAAUUCUCAACUAUAACGCCUUCUCAUUGACAUGGUUAGAGCUUGGGAAGAAAAAGAUUUGACAAUUGAAGAAUUGUAAGAAAUUGUACAUAAAAAAGUAGGAAUCAAUCUUUAUAUACAACA